AGUCUUUCGCCACCCGACCGUCCGCGUCAAGCAGAGGCGCCGGAAUGGCCGGACGGCAGAGUGCGGACUAGUGAGUAGUGAGGACGAUGGAGUAUUGGAGUGAGUGAGUGACGACGGUGCUUGCCGCUCGCUACCUCACUUUACAGUAUACAUAGUUAUUGCCAGUUAUUGGUUCUAGUUAGCAACUACUAUCACCCAGCACUUGCGAGUCCAACACCUCUCCGCCGCCUGUCGGUCACCGUACUCGAAUUUCGUAGUAUAAGUACGACCGGACCUAUGUGAUCGACCGUUAGUUGUUAGUUGCCGCGCCGUCGUCUAACACUCCGUCGACUUUCUGAAUAAACAGCAACGUGGCGUGCUCUCACUAUUCACGAUAACUUACACAUUUUCUUAACGUCUUCUUUACUUCACUGAACGCCACAGAGGCGAUUCAUCGUCAUCGGUUUUCAUUCCGUUCGAAUUGUCAUGGAAAAGGUCGUGACGUGUGUGGCACCCGUCAACAUAGCCACCAUUAAAUACUGGGGCAAAAGAGACGAACAUUUGAUAUUGCCUCUAAACGAUUCGGUCAGUCUGACUUUGGAUUGCGAUCAAAUGCAUGCCAAGACAUCUGUUCUUGCAGGACCGUUUAUAGAUGAAGACAGUGUUUGGCUAAAUGGGCAGAUUAUGUCCAUCGAAACAAACAAACGUUUGAAAAAAUGCUUUGAUCUAAUAAGAAAUUUAAUCAGAAUACGUAAAGGUGAAAAUAGUCAAGAAGCAAAAUGGAAUAUAAGAGUCUGUUCUGAAAAUAAUUUCCCUACUGCAGCAGGACUAGCUUCAUCGGCAGCUGGUUAUGCUUGUCUUGUAUAUACAUUAGCUAAUGCUUUUGGCUUGGUAGACGAAGAUUUACCAUCUAUAGCAAGACAAGGUAGUGGAAGUGCAUGUAGGAGUAUUUAUGGAGGAUUUGUUCAUUGGAAAGCUGGUACUGAUGACCUAGGUUCAGAUUCAACUGCAGUUCAAAUUUCUGCCGAUACACACUGGCCAGAAAUGAGAAUUAUCAUACUAGUGGUAAAUGAUUCUCAAAAAAAAACUAGUAGUACCGUGGGAAUGAAACAAUCAGUAAAAACUAGUGAAUUACUUAAGUACAGAAUUCAAAAGUGUGUACCUGAAAGAACAAAUGAAAUCAUUCAAGCCAUAACAGAUAAAAAUUUUGAAAAAUUUGCUGAAAUUACAAUGCGAGACAGUAAUCAAUUUCAUGCUGUUUGUUUGGAUACAUAUCCACCUUGUGUUUAUUUGAAUCAAGUAUCACAUGAAAUAAUAUCUUUUAUUCAUGAUUAUAAUGAAGCUGUUGGUCAAAUUAAAGUUUCUUAUACAUUUGAUGCUGGUCCAAACGCUUUUUUAUUUAUUCAACAAAAAGAUCUGAGUUUGUUUAUGUCAGAAUUGGUUAAUGUUUUCCCAUCACAGCAACCUAAUUCUUCAUAUUUACGAGGAAUUGAAACUUCGUUGCCUGCUAAAAUAAAACCAUAUGGUCUUAAACCCAAAGAUAAGGAUCUUUUGAAGUAUAUCAUGGUCACUAAAUUAGGUAGUGGUCCAAAAUGUGUUAAUGACCAUUUAUUAAACAACGAUGGUACUCUGAAAUCAAACAAUUAAAUUUGUAAUUGAUCAGACACUAUUUAGCUAAUUUAUUGUUAUAUGCCUAUUUCAGGAAAUAUUUUUUUUUUUUUUAAUGUUGCAACUAUAGUUUUAUUUUUUAUAUAUGUAUAUAAUUUAUUGGUUUAUUUUUGGAGUUGAAUAUUUGAAUGGGCAAAAGCCCAAAAUGAAAGAAAAUAAAGUAUAUUAUAGUUUAUUUAUUAUACA